AUGCUUCAUGCAACAGAGCUUACUGAUGAAGAUAUUUCGGCUAUUCCACAAGAUAAGCUGGUCAAAAUCCUUAAUGCCCAAAUUGAUGGUGCCAGGAGUGAGCUUCAGUCUUUGUAUUCAUCAUUAGAAGAAGAAAAAUUAUCAGUAACAGAGUUAGAAUAUAAACACAGAGAAUUAUAA